AUGUCCAACUACAGUGGCGGUCGCGGCGGCGGUCACGGAGGCUAUGGCCGCGACAGAAGCGAUAGAGGUGACCGAAACGGAUACGGCGGUGGCUACGGCGGAGGGCGAUCUAAUGGCUUCAGUAAUGGUCAUCACGGCAAUAGCAAUGGCUUCGGCGGCGGCCCUGGAGGCGGCUACGGUGGUUACGGAGGAGGUGGCGAUCGCAUGAGCAACCUCGGAGCUGGUCUGCAGAAGCAAAAUUGGGAUCUUUCUGCACUACCAAAGUUUGAAAAGUCUUUCUACAAGGAGAGCCCGGAGGUUGCCGACAGGUCAUCAGCAGAAGUUGACGCAUUUCGUCGUAAACAUCAAAUGACAAUCGCAGGACAUGACGUCCCUAAGCCUGUCGAGACCUUUGACGAAGCUGGAUUCCCUCGCUACGUCAUGGAUGAGGUAAAGGCCCAAGGUUUCCCGGCUCCUACUGCUAUCCAGUCCCAAGGCUGGCCAAUGGCUCUUUCUGGACGCGAUGUUGUUGGUAUUGCCGAAACAGGCUCCGGAAAAACCUUGACAUACUGCCUUCCUGCCAUUGUUCAUAUCAACGCCCAGCCUCUCCUUGCUCCUGGCGAUGGACCUAUUGUGCUUGUUCUUGCCCCCACCCGUGAACUCGCCGUUCAAAUUCAGCAGGAAAUCACCAAGUUUGGCCGCUCCUCUCGCAUUCGAAAUACCUGUGUUUACGGUGGUGUCCCCAAGGGACCCCAGAUCCGCGACCUCUCCCGAGGUGUGGAAGUCUGCAUUGCCACACCUGGCCGCUUGAUCGAUAUGCUGGAAGCCGGAAAGACGAAUCUGCGCCGUGUUACCUAUCUUGUUCUCGAUGAGGCUGAUCGCAUGCUCGACAUGGGUUUUGAGCCCCAAAUUCGCAAGAUCAUCGAACAGAUUCGACCCGACCGACAGACUCUUAUGUACUCGGCUACGUGGCCCAAGGAGGUUCGCGCUAUGGCUGCCGAUUUCCAGACCGACUUCAUCCAAGUCAACAUCGGGUCCAUGGACUUGUCCGCCAACCACAGAAUCACUCAGAUUGUCGAAGUUGUAUCCGACAUGGAAAAGCGUGAUCGCAUGAUCAAGCACCUGGAGCAAGUCAUGGAGAACAAAGAAAACAAGAUUCUUCUUUUCGUUGGAACCAAGAGGGUUGCAGAUGACAUUACGCGAUUCCUCCGCCAAGACGGCUGGCCAGCAUUGUCUAUUCAUGGCGACAAGCAACAAAACGAACGUGACUGGGUUCUCGACCAGUUCAAGACCGGAAAAAGCCCCAUCAUGGUGGCCACAGACGUUGCAUCUCGUGGUAUUGAUGUUCGCAACAUCACCCAUGUGUUGAACUACGACUAUCCCAACAAUUCGGAGGAUUAUAUUCACCGAAUUGGUCGUACUGGCAGAGCUGGUGCGAAGGGAACGGCCAUCACUUUCUUCACCACUGACAAUCAAAAGCAGGCCCGCGAGCUCGUCAAUGUCUUGCAGGAAGCCAAGCAAAAGAUUGAUCCUCGCCUUGCUGAAAUGGCUCGGUUCGGUGGCGGAGGUGGUCAUCGAUAUGGAGGCUGGGGGCGUGGAAGAGGUGGCGGUGGUAGAGCCAAUGCCAACAACCAACCUCUAGGCAGGGGCAACCGAAGGUGGUAA